CCCUGGCAGCAGCACGCACCUUGGGUCUCCCUCCUCACCAGCCCUCUCGCUCUGUGCCUGCCUGCUGCCCGCUGCUGCCACCAUGACCACCACCAUCCGCCAGUUCACCUCCUCCAGCUCCAUCAAGGGCUCCUCGGGGCUGGGGGGCGGCUCGUCCCGCACCUCCUGCCGGCUGUCUGGCAGCCUGGGUGCCGGCUCCUGCAGGCUGGGGUCUGCUGGGGGCCUGGGCAGUGUCCUGGGGGGCAGUGGCUAUUCUAGCUGCUACAACUUCGGCUCUGGCAGUGCUUACGGUGGCAGCUUUGGAGGUGUUGAUGGGCUGCUGGCGGGCGGGGAGAAGGCCACCAUGCAGAACCUCAACGACCGCCUGGCCUCCUACCUGGACAAGGUGCGCGCCCUGGAGGAGGCCAACACUGAGCUGGAGGUGAAGAUCCGCGACUGGUACCAGAAGCAGGCCCCGGGGCCUGCCCGCGACUACAGCCACUACUACCAGACUAUCGAGGACCUGAAGAACAAGAUCCUCACGGCCACUGUGGACAAUGCCAACAUCCUGCUGCAGAUUGACAAUGCCCGCCUGGCCGCUGAUGACUUCCGUACCAAGUUUGAGACGGAGCAGGCUCUGCGGGUGAGCGUGGAGGCUGACACCAACGGCCUGCGCAGGGUGCUGGAUGAGCUGACCCUGUCCAGAGCUGACCUGGAGAUGCAGAUUGAGAACCUCAAGGAGGAGCUGGCUUACCUGCGGAAGAACCAUGAGGAGGAGAUGAAUGCCCUGCGAGGCCAGGUGGGUGGUGAGAUCAACGUGGAGAUGGAUGCAGCCCCCGGUGUGGACCUGAGCCGCAUCCUGUCUGAGAUGCGUGACCAGUACGAGAAAAUGGCAGAGAAGAACCGCAAGGACGCCGAGGACUGGUUCUUCAGCAAGACAGAGGAGCUGAACCGCGAGGUGGCCACCAACAGUGAGCUGGUACAGAGCGGUAAGAGUGAGAUUUCCGAACUCCGGCGCACUGUGCAGGCCUUGGAGAUUGAGCUGCAGUCCCAGCUCAGCAUGAAAGCAUCCCUGGAAGGUAGCCUGGCUGAGACAGAGAACCGCUACUGCGUGCAGCUGUCCCAGAUCCAGGGGCUGAUCGGCAGUGUGGAGGAGCAGCUGGCCCAACUGCGCUGUGAGAUGGAGCAGCAGAACCAGGAAUACAAGAUCCUGCUGGAUGUGAAGACAAGACUGGAGCAGGAGAUCGCCACCUACCGCCGCCUGCUGGAGGGCGAGGACGCCCACCUGACUCAGUACAAGCCCAAAGAACCCGUGACCACCCGCCAGGUGCGCACCAUCGUGGAAGAGGUCCAGGACGGCAAGGUCAUCUCCUCCCGGGAGCAGGUGCACCAGACCACCCGCUGAGAGCUCUGCCUUCCUGGUCAGCCUCUCAGAGUUCCCCUGCAGCCUCAGCUCCUGGCUUCGGUCCUUUCCCAUACCCCUCCGCCUGACCAAUAAAGCUUGUUGACUCAGA